AUGACGGCGCAGACGCUGCGGGAAAUCUCGGCCCACAAUUUACGCAGCUUCAAGCGUAACUAUGUCUCCGAAAUCUCGGGGUCCCUGGGAGAUCUGGGAACCUUUCUACCUAUCGCUAUCGCGCUAGCUGUCAACGGCUCCGUCUCCCUAACAGCCACCCUCAUUUUUUCCGGUGUAUAUAACAUCCUGACCGGUCUAUAUUUCGGUAUUCCCCUCCCGGUUCAACCUAUGAAAGCGAUCGCUGCCGUGGCUAUUGCUCGUAACUUCUCCAACGGCUCGAUCGCCGCCGCCGGGAUCUUCGUUGGGGCAUGCAUUCUCGUGUUCAGUGUUACAGGUCUGCUACGCUGGUUCUCCAACGUGAUCCCCAUCCCGGUUAUCAAAGGAAUUCAGGUCGGAGCGGGGCUGUCGUUGGUCAUCUCCGCUUGUGGCAGUAUGUUGGCACCCUUGCGAUGGAUCGGCCCGUCUUGGGCAGAUAAUCGGAUCUGGGCGCUUGCUGCAUUUGUGGCUCUUCUCACCACGCACAUAUAUCGAGGUGUUCCAUAUGCUUUGGUUAUUUUUGCGCUUGGACUGCUAUUUGCGAUCAUUAGAACGGCUCUGGCUGCUGAUCUACCUGGAUUUGAAUUUUGGCACCCCUAUGUCGUGGUGCCGAUGCCCUCUGAAUGGCGAGUCGGUGCCAUUGACGCUGGUAUUGGUCAAAUACCACUGACCACUCUCAACUCCAUCGUUGCUGUUGUUCAUCUCGCACACGACUUACUGCCGUCCGUCCGCACCCCUUCAUUCACGCAUAUUGGUUUAAGUGUUGCUGGAAUGAAUCUACUGGGCUGCUGGUUUGGCGCAAUGCCGGUAUGCCAUGGAUCCGGUGGCCUGGCUGCUCAGUAUCGAUUUGGUGCACGGUCGGGUGCCAGUAUCAUCUUCCUUGGUGCCCUGAAACUCAUCAUUGGGCUUCUUUUCGGAGAAACGCUAGUGGAUCUAUUGAAACGUUUCCCGGCAGCUUUCCUGGGGGUCAUGGUUAUUGCGGCUGGGCUGGAACUCGUGAGCGUUGGCGAGAGCCUCAACACAUCUGCUGCCCGGGAUAUAGGACAAGCGGGCAGCGGAAUGCUAGGGAUUGGCGAGCAACACAUUGGCCCUAUGCUCACUGACGAAGAGCGCAAACGACGAUGGACAGUGAUGAUGGUGACGGUAGGCUUGUUGGUUGGAUUCAAGAACGACGCGAUUGGCUUUAUUGCCGGUAUGCUCUGUCAUUCAGCAUAUGAGCUUCCACAAUGGUGGGAGAAAGCCCGCACCCGGUGGUCAGAGGGGCGUCUUCGUCUUCGCUAA